GGAGAUGCCAGAGGACAGUAGUUUGCCAGAAAUUUUGAAACGUAAGGAACAUUUUGUGAAAUAGUAGUCGAAUAGGAACGUCUACACGUAAAUACAUUUGUUCAGUGGCCUGUUGCAUGUUCCAAGCCAUCGACGUUUACGGUAAUAACAACUUUUUCGAAUCCAUCCUGGAUUAAGGUGAUCUUAUUUACUGAGAUGUGGGUGCUUCCGGUUAGUAAAUUCCAUUUGCGACCUGAUGGCAGCCGGCCGAGAGAUACAUUCUCUUUGUAAUCACUUUCAUUAAUUAUAUCUACAUGAGCUAGAAUUCCUUUGUUCUUUUCCGAGGGGAAUCGUUCUCAGUAGCUAUAAAUUAUUUGAUGGGCGCUCUUUGUUCGCAAACGUAUUUCCAAAUCGCUAACAUAAAUUAUUAUAAGUCAACAUAUUUGGGUUUGCGGAACUCAAACUCUUUGAGUAUGGAACGAGUGUAAGACAAAGAGUCAAUUGUAGUAGUAAACCAUGAGGAAUCGAGUCUCAGAUAUUUGCAUUCCGAGGCUCAGAUCCACCCCUGAGAUUCUGCGGUGAGUUAAGCCAGCUUUCGCAAUUUCUUUAGCAAGUACAAAACUUAUAAUCUUUCUCAUUCUGUUAAUAAACCCUCAGGAGACAGACUUAAAAAGCUCGACCAGGUUGACGGUUCAAUUAAGGAUGCCAUUGAGAACUGGAACAGCAUUCUGGGAGCAUACAAAGAUGCAUACCCAACCGAAGGUCAUAUGAUCAAUUGAUUAUUUUCAACGAAUUAAUCAUACUUUUAAUCAGUUAAUAAGUUGAUUGACUUUCAAAGAUGAUACUAUCGCUGAUAAUACAAAUCUUCUUUAAAAAAAUAUAACGCACGAAUAAAGGGCUAUCCAGAUGAGGGCUUAAUGCUGGCUUGAUAUUCUUGUGCAAUGGAAAUUUAGCACCUCUUUUUUCUAUCAUAUUUCGCCUGAUGGCCAUGUGUGGCUGUGAGUGAUAAUCGAUUACUGGCUUUUAAGAUCAGUUAUGAGGUGAGAAAUUGAUUCCUCAUCUUUCCGUGAUGUAAUGUGUUUAAAAUAGCCUUUGUUUGUGUAAUAGCCAUGGCGUAAUAAAAAUAAUUUUCGCAGUGCUAAUACUGCAAAUACAUUCGAAAGUGCUCUAAAUUAAGUACUACCAGAUUCACUCAUCUAUUACCCAAGUUAUAUGUUUCUGGUACUACAAAAUACUGAGGUAGAAGCUUUCCUGAAAGGAAUCGUUCUAAAAUUAGUUCUUAAAACGGGCGAGGCUUCUACAGUGAGGCACGAUCCCCAAGAGUAAAGAAGUUGACUCUUGGAACGAACAGAGGACGAAUAGAAGAGCAUAAUUAGCAGUUGAUGACAAUAGAUCUUUAAUGUAGGGUGGACUGACCGUUUCACGAAUUGGAGACCAAUCUGUUGGGCAUGAAUUUAAGACUAAGAAAUUGCAUUCUCAAUUAUUUCUAGGACGUAAAUAUCAUAUCAUAGGGAAAGAAUUGAAAAGGAUCAGAAUCACUCUAAGAACCUUUAGAGAGAAUGAAAAAAGGUGGAUAAAUGCAGGUCAGUCUCAUAAAAAUUAAAUGGUGGACUCUGGAAUGAUCACCAUUAGUUAAUUUAGGGAGGGUACCUUAUUAUGAGAGAGUGGCUAUGGGUUGUACUAUGCAAUAUCAUGUACUUAUUGACCGAAAGCCAAAUAUUUUCUCGUCCAGCCCGACCAAACUUUGUCAAUAAGCAUUUUAUCCUAUAACCACCAACUGCUGAAAAUUUCAAAACUGUUUUUUUAACCUAAAAAGGACGCACUUGUGUACAGAAGAAGGGCGCCAACUGGAGAAGUAAUAUAAAGUUUCUCCUCUAAAUACCUUUCCUUUUUGCGAGAAGUCAGCAAAAGAAAUUCAUAUUUCAUUGAGAAGCACGACUCAUUUCCUCACUUUUUUUAUUUCAAGUUCAAGGUCACGCUGUUGGAAAAUACAAAAUAGCCGUGUGAAUACAGGGCCGGACGGUUUUUCCGAACCGGCUUUCAUUAUGGUUUUCUUUGGAAUUACGCGCGUGGGGCGGUACGGCCAUGUGAUGAUUCUACAUCUUACACUGCUAAUAGCGCUCGUGGGUAAGAUGAAGCGAAUCCUGAGUGCUGCCUGGUUAGCCGGGUGGACAAGAUAGGCCCAUUUUACCCGCUUGGGAUUUCCCACUUUAAUACCGCCCCCCCCCCCUCCAAAAAAAAAAAAAAUUGGGAGCUUGUUCAGCUUUCUAAUUAAUUUCAAUCAACGUUUUUGACGUUUACCCAUCAAUAGUGUAAACCUAUUAAAUCAGCCUUUUUUUAAUUUGUCAAAUAAUUUCCAAGCGCUCGAACACAAAGAAUUCAUUCUUGAUUCUCUCUGUAGUCGGCGAGAUCCUUUUACUAUACCAUAAAUAAAUCUUUUGUUGAUCAAACAGUAAAAGCGCCCUCAUUUGUAACAUUUUAAAAUCAGUUUUGGCGUAAGCCUUAGCAUCUUUAUUCUUACUCAGUGGCCUCUACAUUCUAUAUGCGUUAUAUUGUCCAACUAAAUGGUCAAUCUAAAGGUUAAGGUGAAAGGAUAUUAGUGGAUAUAUAGGUGCUAUAAAACACACACACACAAAAAAAAGAAAAAUCAGCCAAUAUCCAGCCAUCUUGACCUUAAAAUGCACCAUAGCGCGUAAGGAAUGCGGUUGAGAAUGAGAUAGAAUAAGCCUGCCAAAGAUCAUGGCAUUAUUAAAGCAAUUACAAAUGAGGACACUCUUUAUGAAUGAUACCUUAAAUCACGCAUCGCUAUAUGUUUACUUGCGUAUGGAUCUGAACAAACACACAGGUUUAGAAUAAUAUUUUCAAAUGACAGUAUUUGGUCAAGAAACGAAAAACAAAACAACAAUAAUUAUCAAUCAACUUUGAAUAUGAAGUUUUUUUUUUAUCUCCAAUUGAGACCCAACAAUCUAAAUUAGCUAACGGAUGAACAUGAUUACGACCAAAUUCUUAUUUCAUAUUUGGUCUGGCCGAAACUUGCACAUUUUCAGAGCUUGAAAGCUUACUGUAAUGGCACAGCAUGACAGCCCCUUUUAAAUUUCAUUGAUCCCUCAUCUGAUAGUUGAUUUACUUGAACUUGCAUUUGGCCUCUUAGAAUCAGUCGUUUUCUUAAUGGAAGAAGUCUGUUGAUUUUAAAACACCUUAAACAGCAAACCCUGAUCAGUUGAACAAUUCACGAGCAACCAUCAGAUUUUUCUUACACAGUUUGAUAUCCGUAUCGAGGUCAGUCAUUCCGUUAAUAAUGUUUUUCCAUCUUUUUUGUUGCAUUUUAGAAUCUACCUUGACAACGUCAAUCACUUCUCAAGCUACCAUACAAAAAUUGGAAAGAUUCAUGCAUCUAACCUCGGGCGAAGAUUAUUUCGGAAAACCAACCUCUGAGGACAAAACAAGGAUCCGUGUCUUGGCAAGAAAAGUUAGAAAUUUUAAAGGAAUGGACGUUUUUUCUUACUUGAGAAAGAUCACACCAUCAGGAACAACAGGUUUUGCUGUUUAA